AUGAAACGUCGAGACUUCUUGAAGAAAUCGGGUAUCGCACUCGGUGCCGCCGGACUAACCACGUUCCCGCAUGUCUGGGUGAAGGACUAUCAGUAUGCCUGGGCCGACGACGACGAGAUCGAGGUCGGCGUUCUUUACUCGCUGACGGGUACGACGGCGAUCGUUGAGAAACAGUUGAGUAAAGUGGUGCCGAUCAUCGAAGACCCGGCUUCCGACCCUCGCACGUUCAACGAGAAGGCCAACAAGCUCGUUGUGCGGGACCGGGUGCCGUCUGUCUUUGGUUCCUACACCUCGGCGAGCCGCAAGGCAGUAUUGCCGGUGUUCGAGAAACGCAAGAAUCUGUAUUGGUAUCCCACCUUCUACGAAGGGUUUGAGUGCUCGAAGAACGUCAUAUACACGGGCGCUGUUCCCAACCAGCAACAAGAGAACUUCGUUCCUUGGAUUACAAACCAGGGCUACAACAAGUUCUUCAUUGUCGGGUCGAACUACAUCUACCCGCGUGAAAUGGCGAAGGUCUGCAAGAUCCUGGUGGAGAGAGAAGGCGGCUCCUGGGUGGCCGACGAGUACCUUGAACUCGGUCACAGCGAAUGGGGCUCCAUGGUCAACAAGAUGAAGACCAUGUGGGAAAGCGGCGAGUGCGACUGCGUCUACUCCAAUGUCGUCGGCGACUCGAUCGUCGCCUUCCGUCGCGAGUUCAUCAAUCAGGGUCUGAGCUACGACAAGUUCCCGAUCUUUGCCACCGUAUGCUCGGAAAUUGAAGUGCAGGCGAUGGGGCCCGAUUACGCCGCUGGCAGUGUCACUUCCUUCCCCUAUUUCCAGUCGGUGAGCAACCCGGCAAACGAGCAGUUCGUGGAAGACGUGAAGGGGACGAUGGGCGCCGAUACCGUCACCUAUCACGCCAUGGAAUGCGCCUAUUUCCAGGUAUUCCUGUGGGCGCAGUCGGUGGAGAAGGCAGGCGAGGUCGAUCCUCUCUCGGUUCGCGAAGCGGCCAAGGGACAAGAGGUCGAUGCACCGGAAGGGCGCGUGAGAAUCGAGCCCGAGAACCUGCAUUGCUGGCUGACACCGCGUAUCGGGGUGUGGCGCUCCGACGGCCAGGCCGAGAUCGUCGACGAGUACAAGGAGCCGCUGAUUCCGCUCCCCUACUCGGCGUAUGGGGAAGCGCCCGACAAUCUCUUCUGCACGCAAGCGGGCCUGGAUUCCAGCAAGCUCAAGACCUAA